UUUCGAUCCGUCGUCGAUCCUUUCGACAACCGUGUGUCCUGUGACCCCGCGUGCGUGUUUGUCGCGUGCGUUUGCGCGUGUGUGUGUGUGUGCGAGCCCCGUGUGCGUGUGAGUGGGUCGUGCUGCGGUGUGUGCGCUUGCAUGCGUGUGGUGGUGUGUGCGGGGUGCCUGUCCGUGUGCCUGUUCGCGUGGCCGUGGCCCUACGCCGUUUUGUGGCGUUUCUCGCGAGGAAAAGAGAGCGAUAACCGUGGUGGGCAGAGGAAGGCGCAGGAAGAAGACAGAAAAAGAAGAAGAAGAAGUCAAAGAAGAGAAGAAAAAAGAAGAGAGAAGAAAACAGGAAGGCAGAAGCAGGAGCAGGAAAAAGGGCCCAAAAAAGGCCAAAAAGCCAAAAAGCCAUGUUCUCGAUUGAAUCCAUUUUAAAGUCUCAAAUCUCACAGAGAGUCAGGAUGCAGAUACAGCACGUCCGGGAUCUGUGCGCGGUGCCGGGGGCGGCGGCCGAGCUCAACUGCACCGGUGACAUCCUGUCGGUGCAGAACCUGCUGCCGCAGCUAGCGGCGCCGGAGAACAAGCCGCACCAGUGCCAGCAGUGCUUGAAGAGCUUCUCCUCCAACCACCAGCUGGUGCAGCACAUCCGGGUGCACACGGGCGAGAAACCCUACAAAUGUUCCUACUGUGAUCGGAAGUUCAAGCAGCUUUCCCACGUGCAGCAGCACACGCGCCUGCACACCGGUGAACGCCCGUACAAGUGCCAUCUGCCGGAUUGUGGGCGCGCUUUUAUUCAGCUAUCCAACUUGCAGCAACACCUGCGCAAUCACGAUGCGCAGGUCGAGCGUGCCAAGAGUCGCCCGUUCCACUGCAACCUGUGUGGCAAGGGUUUCGCAACCGAGUCCAGCCUCCGGACGCACACUUCCAAGGAGCUGCAAUUACACCUGGGCGUGCUGCAGCAACACGCCGCGUUGAUCAGCAACUCGAACAGUGUCACGUGCAACGUGUGCAGCAAGAUCUUCCUCGGUGUGGAGGCACUCAACGAACACAUCAAGUACACGCACAAGGAGGUUGCAGUUAAACGACGAGUUGCGAACCAUCCGUGCCCGAUGUGUGGGAAACACUACGUCAAUGAGGGUUGCCUGCGGAAGCACCUGCUGACACAUCCGCGGACACCUACGUUCCGCUCGAACCUGCAGAUGUGGCCCUGCUCGGUGUGCCAGGCCGUUUUCACUCACGAAUCCGGACUCAUCACGCACAUCGAGCACAUGAAGAUGGAUCCGAAGCACCAGUUUGCGGCCCAGUACAUGUUCACGAAAGCGGUCGUUGAGCAGCGGGAAAAGGAGUCGGCGGGCAGUGGGGGUAUGGUGGGCAUGGGCGGGGUACCAGGCAUCACCAACUCGAUGGUGGCGGUGAAGGAGCUCACGCACAACAGCAUCUCACCGCUCAACUACUCCGAGAACUCCUCCACGAUGGGUUCGGAGAAGAACGGCGAGUCGGCGGGUGGUGGCAGUGGCGGAACCAGUGGCGGUGCCGGUGGAGGUGCCAGUGGUGGUGGUGGUGGUGGUGGUGGAGGCGCAGGUGUUGGCGCAGGAUCGGUGGUGUUCGACAACCAUCGACUGCCAAACCCGCACGGGCUGCCAUUUGGCGGUUCGAACGGAACGGGUGUCGGUGGCACCGGUGCCGGAUCGUUGGGAGGCGCGAACGGGACCAACGGUGGUGGUGGUGGCCUCGGUGUCGGCGUCGGCGGUGGCGUCGGAGGACUCUGCGCCGGCGGAAGUGCGAUGGAGAACAACAAUAGUCAAUUUUCGCGCAUGAUGAUGAUGCAGGAGCCAAAGUUCGAGCCGGACCUGAUGCUGCCGGCGGACGGGACACCGUCCGCGGUGCAGGCGGCCGUCGUGAACCUGGCAACCGCGAUGCGCAUCGGCCAGACGUUCAAGAGCAACACCAUACACGGCGAGCUGCAUGGCAACGCGAACCUUGGUCCGUUGAAGAAGAAAAGUAAUAUACUCAAUUUUAACGACACGAAGUACACGCUUGCUAACCGACAAAAAUAUCCCGUGGCGUCUACAGAGUCCUCGAUCGGCCCGAACCACUGUCCGGCCACCUCGGAGACGGCGAUACGGAUCCAGCAGGCUGAGGCCAUCCUUCGCUCGCAAGCCGAAGCCGCACUACGUCUGGCCGUGUCUCAGGCACAAGCGGUCGUCUCGUCCAACGCCAGCAUCGGGAGCGGUGGAGGCGGCGCUGGUGGUGGUGGUGGUGGUGGAGGAGUUGGUGGUGGUGGUGGUGCCGGUGGAGUCGGUGUCCCUUUGGGAGGGAUGCUAGGACAUCACAAUCCACACGCAGUAGCGCUUGCUGCGAGCCGUGGCUGCAACGAGGACGCACGUGUGGCCAAUGACAACUGUGGCCAGUUUGAUCCGAGCACUGAACACCUGCGAGCGGCCCUUCGUGAGCACCAGCAACAACAGCAACAACAGCAACAGCAACAACAGCAGCAGGCCAACGACGAUUGCCAUCCUUUUUCCCAUAGUCCGGUGCCACGUAACGGGUUGGAUCUUACCGACGAGUUCCUAAAGAGCGAGAACGUGCUGAAGGGGUGAGAGUAGAGGUGUAGGGCCGCUCCUGGCCGGCCAACGGUUGCGGAUGCCACGGCGCUUGGUCUGCUACCCCUGGCCUGGUUGCGGACUCCGACCGGUCAGUGAUGAACUUUAAUCGUAAUCAUAAUUUGGUGCAUUUUUCCUCCCACGGGGUGCGUGAUGGCGUGGGAGGGAAGGGAUGGCAGGUGGGGAAGGGCUGUGGGAGGAGCACACACACACACACACGCACUAAUCACCAGAUGAAACAUUAUUUUAUUUUAACAGUUUUUUUGAACUAAACUCUUUUAAGACUAAACAGCGCAUGAAACGCAAAUGUGAGAGAAAGCAGGAGUGAGAGUGAGGAAGAAGGAGAAAACGAGAGGGAGAAAUGCAACUAACAGAAGAGAACUUAACAAAACAAAUAACGAAAAGGGACUUGAUGUGUGAAUUGAUAAGCAAAACCAUGAAUUAUAUAUAAAAUAAACGAAACAGAUCCCCUUUGCUGCAUUAUGCCACACUCGGAGGAUACAAUCUGAGUUGU